AUGGAUUCAUCAAGGCGAGAAAGCUCGGCGACGGCGCGCAAUACCAGUGAUCCCUCCAGCGCGACUUCGCCCACAGAUACCAGGAAUCCUGUCAACCGACCCGAGUCCGCUGCGCAAACCGAUGACGACGGCCUCUCCGAAAGCUUCCAGUCCACUGAUACCGUGCGACGAAGGCCCGAAGGAAACUACGGCUCCAUUGGAGGCCCCGCGACCUCUGGCCAGCCCUCCUCCGAUUCUCCCCACGAACGCUCCCAAGGUCGAACUUCACAAUCUUCUCGCGCCCCAAAAGGCCCUGAACGAGUUCGAUCGGUGACCCGACUGCGAAAACCUGGUCUGCCCCGCCGUCCCUCGUCCACAACGCCUCACCGUGGCAGUGUGUUCUCCGCAGACGACGAGCCCCACGAGGUAGAACAAGAUGCUUCCGAGCGCCAUCAAUACGGGACCCGCCGCCGCCCUCCGCUCACUACCCAGCUAUCCCGCGUGCAUUCGCGUCACGAAGAAGAAGACGAUAUCGAAGAGGACACCGAAGACACCGAAGAGGCUAGCAUUGACGAAACCGACCAUGUCGAAGACGAAGAGCUUCCCCUUGAAGAUCAUGUCGACUGCGACUCCGAUGGCGAGGUCAGCGAUGCCGAAAGCUUCACGCUUAAAGAUCGACAACAGGCCAUCAACCAAACGCAUCCCUUUGGUAUUCGUGUUUGGAAGCCCGCAUUGUACAAGAAGGACCGUUCUAUCCAAAAGUUUGCCCAAGCAGAUAUCCACUCGGCCCCCGGUGGGAGAGUGAGCAACUGGUUGCUUGUCUUCAACCUAGUCUGGACCAUCCUCUUCGGUUGGUGGAUGGCGUCGCUCGCCGCACUCGGCGCAAUCACUUGUCUGCUCUUCUCUGCUGCUCCCAGUGGAAAAGAGUACGGAACUGUCCUCUGGGGUCUGGCCAGUUACCUGUUUUACCCCUUUGGCAAGUUUGUGCGCCUCGAGAAGGACGAGGCCUACCUGGAUGAGGACCAAGAUGAAGGCAGAAGCAUCUCCGAAUACGAGCAAUGGCAGAGCGGAGACCUCGAGUACGGCAGGCUCUUCUUUGGCCCCGACCGCAACCGCUCCAUCGUUGGUCGGUCAAGGAGGAGCCUUGAUUCAGAGCCCAGCGAGACGGAGAGCCUCCUUGGCCGCGGCAGACGUGGGGAAACUGGCGAACUUCCUCCCAGACUCAAGCGACGUUUAUUUGGACGCGGACAGUGGAACAUUGGCCGAAUUAUCUUCUUCGUCUUCUUCUACUUCCUGAUCUCGCCCUCCCUCAUCCUCGUCUCUGGUAUCUGCUGGUUCCUCGUCUUCUGGAUCCCCAUGGGCAAGACCACCUUCCUCCUCUUUGAGCACCUUAGACGGCACCCUCUGGCCUUGUCAUUCGAGUCCGACAUUAGGUACGCUCGCAUGGAAGAUGCUCCAAGCUCAUCCAUUCUCCUGUGCACCUACCGUGCCGUGGGCUCCAAGUACUGGAAGUACACUGUCGAUGGAACCAACAUUUUCCUCAUCAACCUCAUGACUGUGGUCGUCUUUGUCAUCUUCGACUGGAUUGUUCUUGAUGGCAUGCUGCACAUGGAAAACUACAUCACCUCUCCAUCCUUCCUUUUCAUGGCUGGCCUGCUGUCCAUCAUUCCUCUGGCCUACUUCAUCGGACAGGCUGUUGCGUCCAUCUCUGCCCAGUCAUCCAUGGGCGUUGGUGCUGCGAUCAAUGCCUUUUUCGCCACGGUUGUAGAAGUCUUCCUCUACUGCGUUGCCUUGACACAGGGCAAGGGACGGCUCGUUGAAGGAAGUAUUGUCGGCAGCAUCUUUGCGGGUAUUCUGUUCUUGCCGGGCAUCUCCAUGUGCUUCGGUGCUCUCAAGCGAAAGACGCAACGCUUCAACGCCAGAUCCGCCGGCGUCACGUCUACCAUGCUGCUCUUUGCCGUCGUCGGUGCUUUCGGCCCAACCCUGUUUUACCAGAUCUAUGGCACUCACGAACUCAACUGCCUGGAUUGCGAAGAUUUUGGACUUGAUCAGAGUGGCCGCGAUUGCCGUCGUUGCUACUUCUCCCAGUCUCCUAACCUUGCGGAUCGGUUCUACCUGGAAGCCGUACGCCCAUACUGUUAUAUGGCCGCGACUCUGCUGUUCGUGUCCUAUAUGAUCGGUCUCUGGUUCACCCUUCGAACUCAUGCUGCUGUGAUUUGGAACGCGGAGAUUGACGAGAAGCGACACGAAGAUCACAUGCAUGCCUCUAGUAUUCGUCCUGUGCAGGCCCACGGCGCUCCUACAGCAGAGACAUCCGGAUCCGAUGUUCGCGAUUCUCACCUCUACAAGCGCAUUCUGAAGCAAGUCGGUCAAAACGAAGAGUCCCGCCAGAGUGCAACCGUUACGCAUGCCACGGCGCCUCACAACGGGGGUCCGACUACCCCCCAUGUUGUCCCUCCCAGGUCGAGCGGUGGCGAGUCUGCCCGCUCAGGUCUUCAUCUUGGCGGACUGAGUGAUGCUGACAACAAGCUCUUGGCUCGAGAGGUGGCUGAGAUUACUGCAACUGCCGUUGCCAUUGCUUCUCGGGACCGUCAUUCCCGUCGCCCGUCCGCCAUCCCUGCCACCCCUCGACCUCAGCAUCCCACGCGCCAACCUGCCUAUGAAGCUGAACCGACAGAUGCCCCGGCGACUGAGGCACAUGCUCAUGGUGGUCAUGAUGCGCCCAACUGGAGCCGAGCCAAGAGUUCCGUCAUCCUGCUCGGCGCGACCCUCCUGUAUGCCAUUAUUGCUGAGAUCCUAGUCGACACCGUGGACGUUGUCUUGGAGAAUUUCGCUAUUGAUCAAAAGUUCCUGGGUGUUACUCUGUUCGCCCUGGUCCCCAACACUACCGAGUUUUUGAACGCCAUCUCUUUCGCCAUGAACGGAAACAUUGCGCUGUCCAUGGAAAUUGGUUCAGCCUACGCUCUGCAGGUGUGCCUCCUUCAAAUCCCCGCGCUGGUCUUUUACUCAGCGUUCUGGCCUGGUGUUCCCACUGGAGCUGAACCCACAAACUACACGUUCUCGCUUCUCUUCCCUCAAUGGGAUAUGGUUACUGUCAUCCUGUGCGUCUUCUUGCUUAGCUACAUGUACGGCGAAGGAAAGAGCAACUACUUCAAGGGCAGCAUUUUGAUGUUGACUUACCUGGUGGUUGUCAUUGGUUACUACUACAGCGGAUACACCACGGACGCGAUGGGAAUCGAGCGAUUUGACAUCAUGGGCGAUGACGGCAAGUACCAGAGCUUCAAGACGAUCGGCAGAUCGACCAGGGGACCGGCGUUUCAAUCGUGA